UUAUCAGUAUUUGUGAUUGGUUCAUUUGAAUGUACAUUGAUCAGCUUCUUUGGAUUUGAUUUUUGUUUCUAUUUGUGUAUAUUUUGGUGAAACCUUGUAAUAUUUUUUAUAAUAGCAAACAGAAGGUAAGAGAAAGGCUCCAAUCAGUUAUCUUGAUGGGAGAAAGCCAAAACAUAAACUGCACUUGGUAGAUGGAGAUAUCCAAGCUUCAGCAACUGACAACUCAAGUGAAGGGUUGUCUAUAGAAGACACGGAAAUACCUCCCAACGUUUUUAAACAGAAAAUCAUUAAACCUUCUCAAACCUCCAUUGGACAUAUGGAGCCCACAACCAGUUCACAAGCAUUGCAAACAGUGUCGAGUAAGGUAGACGGGAUCUCAACUUUACCUUGCAUGGCUGCUAGAGAUAGAAAAUUGCAUCGUGGGAAGGCAUCAGCUGCAGGGCAUUGUGAAGAUCCAAUUGUUGAAACAAGCAAUCCUCGUAUCCAGAGGGAAAAUAUAUCAAGUGAUCAUCAUCAGAAGGAGCUGAUGACACCAAGAACUGAGAAACUUAAGUUGCAUCUUGGACCUGUUUCAACGAGUUACAAUGGUAAUUAAAAAAGCCUUUCUAAUUACAGCCCGCCCCCCUAUUUUGUAUUUGUUUGUUUUUGCAUCAAUCAUGAAUUCAUGAUCUACCUUCUUUCAAUUUGAUUCCUAAAAGGUCUCCCUUCUUUCUUUUAUUUUUCCUCUGUAUAAAAGGUAAGAGUGGAGAUCCUGAAAACUAUUGAUUUGUAUUAUCAAUGCUUCUCAUAUUUGUCUGAAAAAGGAGCUGUUAUAGAUGUCUUGUACACCAUAACUAGAUUAUAUCUACCAAUUUACAAUUGCCUCUUUAUUUUCUUCACAUUUGCUCCACUGCGUCAGAAAAGCAUAUGCUGCUCUACACUUGAACAUUGGUUUAGAGGUUUUUUGAUAUAUAACUGCUGUUUAGUGAAUUUCUUGCCGAUAUUCUAUAGUCUCAUCUAAUGCUUCAAAUGGAAAUUGUCGUGCCAAAUCUCUAUCAGCUCUGUAUCAGAAUGUGCACAAGGAAGAUGCUACCUCAGCAUGCAAUAAUAGCAAAAGAACUCAGAAGGGUAAUAUUGACAUUGCCUCUUCACCUUUGGGAGAAAUUAAAAUUUCUUUAAACUGUGAAGUUGCUUUGGGACAACCAAACUUCCGUAUUCCUGAUUUAGAUGCUGUCAUGAAAUCCAUUGAGGAGAAAUACCUGAAGGCUCACAUGAUAGUCGAGCCUCAAUCAUCUAUGGUGAAGCUAUUAGAUGAUUUAUGUGGAAGUUACUUGAAGCUGGGCUUGAGUUUAAGUCCAAACGGGUCAACUUCCAAGUUUGCUAAUUCACGCAAUGUGACAUGUCUGCCACUGCAAACUGUUACUGAAGAUGACAAGAAUUCCUUUCACUUUCUUGAUGACAUAACAAAAGGUUCAGAGAAUGUUAAAAUAUCAUUGUUAGAUGAAACUGGAAGUGAGGACGUGCCACAGUUUAAUUACAUACCCUAUAAUGUAAUAUAUCAAGAUGCUAAUGUAAAUAUUUCACUUGCUCGUAUUGCGGAUGAGGGUUGCUGUGCUGAUUGUGCUGGCGACUGUCUUUCCUUAUCACUUCCUUGUGCAUGUUCUCAAGAAACAGGUGGAGAGUUUGCUUACACUCCACGAGGCUUGUUGAAAGAUGAUUUUUUAAAAGCUUGCAUGUCUAUGAAAUUGGAACCUCUAGAUCAUCAUUUUGUGUAUUGCCAAGAAUGUCCAUUGGAGAGGUCUAGGAAUGACAUCGUUCCCGAACCAUGCAAGGGACAUCUGGUUAGGAAGUUUAUCAAGGAAUGCUGGAGGAAAUGUGGUUGUGACAUGCAGUGUGGAAAUCGGGUAGUGCAACGGGGUUUAAGAUGUAAAUUGCAGGUGUUUUUGACUCAAGAAGGAAAGGGAUGGGGCGUCAGAACACUAGAAGAUUUGCCUAAGGGAUGUUUUGUAUGUGAAUAUGCAGGGGAAAUAUUAACCAAUACAGAAUUAUAUGAAAGGAUUAUGCAGAAAAGCGGCAAUGACAGACAUACAUAUCCUGUAACCCUUGAUGCAGAUUGGGGCUCGGAAGGGGUGUUAAAGGAUGAGGAGGCACUAUGCUUAGAUGCAACGUAUAAUGGAAAUGUUGCAAGGUUUAUCAAUCAUAGGUGCUGUUUCAAAAUUCAGCAACCAUAUUUUUUAUGCACGAUGUAACCGAGCCAGCCCAAUUACUAUUUGGCUGAAAUUGUCAGUUCCGGCCAAAAUUUGGGCUAGUCCAAUUACCAUGGACUAGGCUGAUUUAAGACAUGUAAAAGUUUGUCAAUAGACAUGAUUUACCAUAAAGCAUUAUGGUGGUAUUUCUUUUUCCAAUCAGUAUAAAAUAUUUACUGAUUUUAUUGAUAAUUAAUGUCAAACUCAAUACACAAUGAAAGAGACUAUGAUCGGAGAACUACAGAAUUGUUUUUAUGUGUUUGUCAGUGUGCUGGAUUUUUGUUGUUCCAUACUUCCAUCUAUGUCAAUUGUCAAUGGCCAUCAUGGAACAACAUUUUUUUUUUCUGUUUUCUUUUUAUUUUGUCGUCAUACAAGA